UGUUGCAUUUCAUUGAUUUCACUGUGUGAGCCAAGGCGGAAAUCCUGGAUGGACGAUGGCGUUUUGUCGAUGUGGAAAUGAUUUACGUACGCCCACGACCAGUUUCUUUCUACCUGAGAGGCCUAGUCAGACUAAGAGUAAGACUGAGAGGUGCUGCUCUCUGUGUUCUUCCCUGAAAACAAACAAAAAGCUCCGCUUUCUUCUGGAGGCGACUGGAGGAAUAUAGUCGUUUUCAGUAGUUGUCCAAAGAGAGAAACAACUAUGGCUAAAAACUUGGUGCAAGCAGAGUUCGACGACUGGCGAGAAAAGGAUAAAAGUGCAGAUGGGAAGUGCUCCAUCUUUCUCCUUGACUGCACCCUCCGAGCAAACAAGAAACUUGAAGUUGAACUUGUUCUUGGUGGCGAGUACGAAGUUAUACUACAAUGUCCUGCAGGGUAUCCUGAGCACGGAGAUGAUUACCUGUCCCUUGAAACAAGAUCUGCAAAAAAAAUUGCUUACAUAUGCGAUGUGGUCAACGAGAAAAUAAAGUCAAACAACAUCCACAUGGUGGGUGGAGUCCUGGAACUUCUUUCGAAUCAACCCAUGCCUGAAAUAUUGCCAGAACCGGAGAGUGAUGAGUUUAACGACUCUGUUGAAAGCAAUGAAUUCGAUUCUAGUGGGCAUGUGCCUGAUGAAAACUUCGAUUUGGAUCCGGCGGCUGAUGCAGGCAUAGCUUACACAUUAGCGUGGGACCUGAAGGUAUCUCUCCUGAAGAAAACAUGGAGGGAAAAACAAGAAUCAUCUAACCCGGUGCUCAGCACUACUGCCCAGCGUGAGUCUGCCAUGCCAAUCUUUUCCGACGGUGGCUCAUUCGGUGUGCUGGCCAAUGAUAUUACUGAGGUCAUGAAGAAAUCAAAGAUUACUGGAAUCGAUGCUGAAACUGUUGAUGACAACAUCUAUGACUGGAAAGUCACACUAAGCCAAUUCCAAGAAGGAUGUCCCAUAUCUCAAGACCUGAAACAUCUUCAAGCAUCUGGAGCCGGCUACGGUCACAUCGAGGUCCGACUGGUUUUCAUGCCUGAAAUGUACCCAUGCUGUCCACCUUCCAUGGCUAUUGUACGCCCUCGACUAUUGGGAUCUGCAGCUAUACAGACGGAAAACUUGCCAGGUCUGGCAUUUGAGAAUUGGAAGCCGACUAGACCGUUGAUGGAUGUCCUAGUGGAAAUGAAACGGCAUAUGCAGCGUUAUGCACGUGUGGAUUUGGAAGCCUCGAAGAAUUCAGGCGGGGACUGCAUAUACUCAACACUGGAAAAACACUUGCUGCGCCUUUCAACCGUUUGUGGCUGUCACCGAAAGGUAGUGGAAGCUUCGCCAGCUGAAGACACAGGCCAUGCGAGCGCUGCAGCAAUGGGAGCUUCUUCAGCAAUAGGAGCUUCUUCAGCAAUGGGAGCUUCCUCAGCAAUGGGAGCUUCCUCAGCAAUGGGAGCUUCCUCAGCAAUGGGAGCUUCUUCAGCAAUGGGAGCUUCUUCAGCAAUGGGAGCUUCCUCAGCAAUGGGAGCUUCUUCAGCAAUGGGAGCUUCCUCAGCAAUGGGAGCUUCCUCAGCAAUGGGAGCUUACUCAGCAAUGGGAGUUUCUUCAGCAAUGGGAGUUUCUUCAGCAAUCGGAGCUUCUUCAGCAAUCGGAGCUUCCUUAGCAAUGGCAGUUUCCUCAGCAAGCGGAGCUUCUUCAGCAAUCGGAGCUUCCUCAGCAAUGGAAGUUUCUUCAGGGCAGUAUGUACUCCCUCCAUCCACCGUGCUCUCUAUGCAUAAUGUGGCUGUGUUGUCUGAGCUUGAGUCCCAUACAGGUAAUCCUCCAUACCUGGUGGCUCCACCGGAUGACCCUGAUAGCGAUGAAGAUGACAGUGCAUCCCUGUAUGACUCUGCCUGGAGUGCAUCUAGUGUGGGAUCUGCCAAGAAAAUGAAGGCAAUCGCAGAAAAGGCAGUAUGCAAGAUCCCAGCUGGCAUAGGCUAUGGCCGUGGUCGACAUAAUUCAGACUGGAAUGUGAAGAAGUUUAAUGAAGCGCGGAAAGAAAAGGUUUCGCAGCUACUUGCUUUGCUCAAGCUCAUACUUAAGGACAUAGAGAAGGCGGCAGAAGAGUCUGACAGCAGUUGUUGCAUGGCAGCACACUGCAUAAUGAAGUCUGUGUUGCCGGAGUUCAUGGCCUCGGAAAUUGGCGCUGGUAAUUCGUUCAUGCAGCUUUGUGGGAAUAGGAAGGUGGUCAUGAUGAUUCUGGACAUUACUGUUGCGCUGAGUCGUCAACCCACUCUGCGACAGUGCUUGGUUUCACAGCUACAUGUGAAAUUUAAUAGUCGUAGACAGUCUCUGUUUUCUCUAUUGAAAGUGCAAGAGAAACGGGCUGUAGCCUAUCUUACUAUUUUGGACAGAUGCUACAAGCAUGACAAGUACACCGACCAAGAAGGGAAUGUUGCUUUUGGAAGAAACCGCCACUCUGCCACUGCCACUGGUACUGUUACGCCAGUAUCACCUAGCACCGCAGCAGCAGCAGCACCUCCGGCACCUUCAGCACAUCCAGAAGAUCUAGCACCUCCAUCACAUCCAGCACCUCCAUCCUCUCCAGCACAUCCAGCAUAUGCCCAUUUAUCUGCGGCCUCUUCAACAGCCUAUAACCCACACUUUUCACAGCGGCUGCAAGAGCGUGAACAGCUCCCGGAUGGUAAAGAGGAAGACCUAGCAAGCUACAUGGUCAAGAGUGUAGGAGAAAUCUCUGCGUCAGUUGCAGAUAUGUCCGACUAUGCUGCCACCUCGAGACCAGGCAACGGCAAUGUCGCAUCUCUGGCUACUGCUGAAGCAAGGGUUGUUGGCCUUGCAGCCCAUACAGCGACUGGUGCCAAGGGUGAGUCCUGUGUUCAUGAAUCAGUAGCGCCUUCGACUGUGGACGCGGAGAAGGCGGCUUCAGAACCAGAAGCCACGGGUUCAACUCAAGACUCCGGUGCUGCAAGUCCGGAAGCUUCUGCUGACGAUACUGGUAGCGCGGCCAGGGUCAGGGCCGCUACUGGUCCCUCGGCCAGCGCCAGGGCUGCUACUGCUACUUCAUCAGCACAGGAUUCGGUUGAGACUGCAUACAUGGAUGUGAUGCGCGCAUUGCAAGUUGAUAGUAUCGAGGAAGGCAAACUGGAACAAAACAUCUAUCACUAUUGCAGCCGAAUGAAGAACAACGGUCGCCCAGGAAGUAAAAUGAUUAAUCGAGUAGCCACUGAGCUGGUGAGUUUGAAGGAUGGUGAUCUGCCUCUCAGUUAUUCCUCAUCUGUCUUCAUACGCACUUUUGAAGACAACAUCACGGCACUGAAAGCGUUAAUCAUUGGACCGGCUGAUACUCCAUAUGCGGACGGCUGCUUUGUAUUUGACAUAUAUUUUCCAUCCAAUUAUCCGCUCAAACCACCACUGGUCAAUCUUAUGACAACUGGAAAGGGCCAAGUUCGAUUCAACCCAAACUUGUAUAACUGCGGGAAGGUCUGCUUGUCCUUGCUCAACACCUGGAAUGGCGCAGCUGGUGAAAUGUGGUCUUCAUGUACAUCGACACUCCACCAGGUUCUCGUAUCUAUCCAGUCAUUGAUCCUGGUUGCUGAGCCGUACUUCAACGAGCCUGGCUAUGAGAUGACAUACGGUACACCACAUGGUAACCGUGCGAGUGAACAGUACAGUCUAGCUGUUCGGAAGAACUGUGUGCAAUUUGCCAUGCUGGAACACUUGAAGAAUCCACCAGCUGUGUUUGCUGAGGUCAUCCAGCAGCAUUUCUAUCUGAAGAGAGAUGCCAUUCUUCAGGCUUGUAAGAAAGACAAAUGUCAUCUAGCAGGCGUACUAGAGGAGCUCGAAGAUCACCUGAUGGCUCUUCGUCCUGUGGUGUUUGCCUCGGAGAAGUCAGAGUGAAAUGAGCAUAGCGCAACUUCGCGACGGCCAUUGUCUGAUAGCCUGGCUGGUGUGUUCGGCAUUUAUUUGCCAUCCUUCCACAGCUGAUAAGCAUGUUUUCCAUGUAAACAACUCAGUGCUUCAUUCCAGCUAACUUAGUGGCUUUGUGUGUAUACAUUGCAUCUCUUUGCCAUCGUAUUCAUAGUUUGUCACAGUACAGAGUGGUGCUAAUGCAGUUGUAUAGUUGUUUGUUUUUUAACCAUUUGUUGUGCUUAUUAUUCUCCAUCCUGCAUUGCCAUCAUCAGCUCAGUGUGCCGGUAUGCUGUGGGUAUGUGUGUGGAAGGUGUGAUGCCUGUACAGUGUGGUAGUUUUCCGGAGUAUUCUCGUAUCACUAACAAUACUCAACACUCAUGAUAAUGAUCUUUUCUUUCGGCCGGCUAUAUCCUAGAAACAUGACAACCUGACUUAACACUCCGCCAGCCAUACUGCGGCAGAGUUCUUUGCUGUUGCUUUCCUUCCUCUUCUUGCUGAUUUUAAGAUACUCGACACUCAUGAUAAUGAUCUUUUCUUUCGGCCGGCUAUAUCCUAGAAACAUGACAACCUGACUGAAUACUCUGCCAGCCAUACUGCGGCAGAGCUCUUUGCUGUUGCUUUCCUUCCUCUUCUUGCUGAUUAAGAUUUUUAGAGUUGCAGCUUCUACACUGUGUUUGAAACUGGUAUGUAUCAGUUUUCUGUGCACUGAAAUUUCUUGGCAGCUUUUUAAUUUUUUUAAUUAAGCACAUUGCGGAUUGGAGCUCGCAUUAGAAUUGUGCAGCGGUGUUGCUUUGCCCUCUGGCUCUACUGCAUGUACAUGUAGGCUGUGUUUGCAAGUGUAGUUGUCUUUUGUUUCCUAUCCUGAUCAGACGUUGCUGGUGCCUGUGACCAGCUUCAAGGCUAUCAUCUUAAUUUUGUGCA